AUGAAGCUAUUCGCCUGCGAGGCCUCGGGCGUCCCCAUAGCCGGCUUUUCUGACCUUUCGACAAUAUUCGUCACCUCUCACUUUGUCUCGCCUCUCGUCCUCGCGUGUAUCCGCACCGUCCUUUUCGUAUACAGCUUCACCACCAUCAUUGUCUCAUAUGCCUGGCUCUCAAAUAACACAGCAACCGUCGGCCUGAAGGAUGUCAACAUCGGCUCGUAUAAGGUCCAGCAGAGUGAAGCUACUAUUGGGCAGUCGUUCAGCUUCUUCACCUAUUUCACUUUCUGGUCCCUCGGAUUCUACUUCUUGGUUUCAGCCGUACACACAUUUAUGUUUGCCUUCAUGAAGCGUACCUGGCUGCACGACUGGCCCAAGUUUCUCCAGAUCAUGCACUCUUUGUACUACUCGUGCAUCACAUGCAUGCCCUUCCUGGUUAAUAUCGUGUUCGGGGGCACUAUGAACAGCGGCUGGCCGUUCGGUCGCUUUGAACAGUGGAUGAAUCCCUCAGUUCACGGUUUAAACUCGAUGUUCGCGGUCGUCGAGAUUUUGCUGUCUGCCACGGAGGCACCGCCGGUGUUGCACCUCAGCGUCAUUCUGCUGAUCAUGUCGGUAUAUCUUGGUCUCGCAUACCUGACCAGGUACACACAAGGGCUUUAUGUGUACGAGUGGCUGAAACCAGCGCAUGGAAUCGCCAGCAUUAUCUUACAUGUGUUGGGUUACGCUGCUGGUAGGAUAGCAAUCUUCUUCCUUGCGUCGGGCGCGAUCAGGCUGAGGAACAUACUCGCCCGACGACUGAGCGAGGGCAAGGAAGUGGGAAGCAUCCAAGAGAAGGGUAUGAAGUUAGAUGAUGCAUGCGAUACCUGGUCGAGUACCGUCAGCGUGUCAAGGCCAGAGUCGGCUUUGACUGGAGGACUUUGGUCAAGUCGCGUGUAG